AUGACUUUAGAAAAUGAGGCCACCGAUUCACCUAAUCACGCAGAUGCCGGGACCGGAGAAUCAUUUGUUUUGAAAGAUCUCGAAUCUGGCGGGUCCGGAAACGACGGAUUUGUCAACGUCGGCAGUCACGAAACAACAGAUGACUCCUUUGAUCUGCCUGAAGAUGAGGCCGAAUAUGGGCUGCUAGGUGGCCAGAGAAGUCGGCACACUGAUAGAGAUGUUCAAUUUCCACGGAGGCCAAGUCAAUUAGGAUGCUGUGGUGCGUUUCUUAGAGGCCCGGAUCCUCCUCGCAAACAUCGCAUCGAGCCAUUUUUCAAGAGCUUUCAAACCGCUCCAAUUCAUCUUAUAGACCGAUUGCUACCGAACAGGACCUCACGACUGAUAGCGCUAGUCGCGUUUUACGCUCUCUGGGCAACGCUCUUCUUGACAACCCUGGAUCGGUUAGUUGUUCGCCCAGAGGCCCCUGGGUAUGGUGCGCCAAAUCGCCUGUCGUGUGGAGCGAGACUAUGGCACAAUAGCACUUUAUGUGGAGCUGACGGCGAUGCAUGUCGUCCUUUUGACACCGACGCUUUUGCGUUCAGAUGUCCUGCUGGAUGUCUUGAUACAAUACUCCUAGAACCUUACACUGUCGGUGACCAAGAAAUCAAUUACAAGAGAUUGGUAAUUGGGGGUGCACCCGAUGCGAAUUCCGCGCAGACACCCAGCUAUCGAGGGGACUCGUUCAUUUGUGCUGCAGCGAUGCAUGCCGGCGUCAUCAGCAAUGCUGCUGGAGGCUGCAGUAUCCUUCAGCGGACAGGCGAGAAAAGUAAUUUUGGCACUGUAAAUCAAAACGGCAUUUUAAGCAUUUCUUUCGAUUCUUAUUUCCCUCUCUCGUACACUUUUGAGAAAGGUACUACAGUCUGCCGUGAUCCUCGAUGGCCAUUAUUUGCUUUAUCAGUGGCUUUCACGGCCGUGAUUUCGUUAUGCACCACAUCGCCAGCUAUUUUUUACACCUCUGUUUGGUUCAUCUCUUGGUUCCAAGUUGCACUAGUGUCAGAUCCUCCGUUUUCGUCUGACUAUCUCGAGGUUGUCUCUAUUGGGAUGGGUCGGUUACUACCGGCCGCCUUUGUUGGUUGGGUCUUAUACCAUUUUUGCGUCCGAGAAACACUCACAGGCUUGAAUGCACAAUGGGAGAAAACAAUACUCUGGCUUGGGCCCUUCUGGGUUGGGGCACUAAAUACUGAUACCUUUGACAAAAUCCCUAUUUCUCGUUUGACACCCCACGACAUCCAACAGCAACCCGGGGCUAUUCCAGCACUCAUCAUCAUCGUCGGCUUCAUCGUUUUUGCCAUGGUAACUCAAACGUGGGUGAUAUGGACCGCAGGCAAACUCCCCCGGUAUCUGCUUAUCUACGGCAUCAUGUCGAGCUCCCUAGGCAUCAUGAUCGCCCUCCCACAACUGAAUCUCCGCAUUCAUCAUUACAUUCUCGCCCUUCUAUUCCUUCCCGGCACUGCUUUCCAAACUCGCCCUUGCCUGGUGUAUCAAGGCCUUCUCGUCGGACUGUUCAUCAAUGGAAUCGCCCGCUGGGGCUUCGAUAGCAUUCUCCAGACUCCCGCAGCCCUUCUCGGCGACGCUCAACUCGGUAGUCUUCUCCCUACCGUGGCUACCUCUAUCCUCCAACCUGGUGGAAACAACAUCACAUUCUCCAUACCUAGUAUCCCCGCUGACGUCGCGGGCAUUGCUGUUUUGGUUAAUGACGUUUUGCGCUCACAUGUUUACAGUCCUGGGCCCGCAACAGAUACUCUGACUUUUCAUUGGACUCGCCUUCAUCAAGAUCUUCCCGAGUAUUUUAGAUUCGGGUAUAUCAAGACAAGCUCAUUGGGAGGUCUCUGGUACGAAGAUUUUACCAAAGCCGGCGUUUGGAAGGCAGAUGGGGAAUGGGUUGAAAUGGCUCCAGGGCCAAGUCGGUGA